CAGAAACUCACCUGAUGCUGGUUUUUGCUUUUGCUCUUCACCGUGAAGUUCAGGCAUACAUAAAGAGGUGCUUAAUUUCUUAGCUGUGUUGUUAAUUGUUGUCUCAAUUUUUGAUGUAAUGGAGCAAAAAGACAAGGAAGCAAAGGCUUCUGCUGACGAAAAUCUUGAUGAUUUACUAGACAGCUGUAUAAAUGACUUUGAUAGACCUCUUCCUAAAAAAUCCUCGUCUGGCAACCAAGAGACUUCAUCUUGUGGUUCUAUUGAAGCUAAAGCAACAAGUACUGCAUCAUCUGCAGUUGCUGACAAUGCUUCAUGGAGUGAAGAAUUUCAACAGUUCAGUGAAGUUAUGGAGAACUUUUUAGAAAAUGAAUCAGAGCUUAAUGAAUUUAAAAAUUUAAUGGGAACUCUGAAUCAAGGUGGUCCCAUCACAGACGAAAACUUUGCCGAAUCUUUUGCAGAAACUAUCCGUGGUCUUACGGCAGGAGCUCAAAAUAUUCCAGAACCAACUCCAGAAGAACUUGCUAAUCUCUUCAGUGGAUUUGGUCUUAAUGAUCCAUCAGAUACAGACGAAGUACCAGAAUUCAUGCCUCUCAUGCAGAAUGUAAUGCAGAAGCUAAUGUCAAAGGAGUUACUUUAUCCAUCUCUAAAAGAAAUUGUGGACAAAUAUCCACAAUGGCUGACAGAUAAUAAACCUUCUUUGAAAGAGGAAGAAUAUGAAACAUACACUAACCAGUUUCAGUUAAUGAAAAAAGUGUGUGAGGAAUUCGAAGAGGAUAAAGAUGAUAAUGAAGAGUCUAAGAAGAAAUCUUUCGAGACUGUUCUCCAGUUAAUGCAAAAAAUACAGGGUUGUGGUAACCCUCCGAAGGAGUUAGUUUCUGAUAUGAACCAAGGAGUGCCUUUAGAUGAACAUGGUAAUAUUCAAAUACCGGGCAUGCCCCAGCAGUGUAGUAUUAUGUGAAACUGGUUUAUAUAUUUUACAAUUUUAGAUUAAUUUAACUGUCUAAUUCAUUUCAUGCAUACUAAAUAUGCUUGUUUUUAAAAUUACAUUAAUAUUUGGUUAUGGCAAAAGUCUUUCAUUAACAACUUAACAAAUUGUAGACCCUUGCAGACCUUGUUUCAAUCUUGACUUCUUAGUUUUGUACCUUAACACUGUUCGGAAAUCUAUAAGGUGUUGUUUAUGUUCAGCUGUAUUCAAAUCAUGUGCAAUAUUAUUCAUUAAAUUUUGUAAAUAAAUGUAUUCUUAAAAACUUACUUUAAAAUUGUUUAAGCAUGCUCAAUUGUGCUUUUUUUUACAUUAUUAAUUAAUUAAACAAUCAUAACAAUGUAAUUGAUGUGGCUUUAUGAAAACUUUAGAAAUUGCGUAAUUAUUAAA